AUGGACCCUCAGCAGCGGAAGUUGCUCGAAGUGAUGUACGAAGCUUUCGAAAGCGCUGGGGUACCUUUUGAGAAGGUAUCCGGGGCCAAUAUCGGUACCUAUGUCGGAAGUUUUGCCAUGGAUUUCUGGACAAUGCAGGCCCGGGAUUCCGAGUAUUUCCAUAGACUCAGCGCAACCGGAAUGGGAACGACCAUUCUCGCCAAUCGCAUCAGCCGUCUCGGACGAUAA